CCAAGUCUCGCGAGAAGAGGCAGUUGCCGUAGCGGAGCCCUCUGGGUCUGUGCGAGUGUGGUGUGAGUGGAUGUGAGCCGCCGCCGGAGCUGCGGACGGUUUGCCCGAGCCCGUUAGCGCCGCCGGCCCCAGAGUCCCCCCCGCCGCCGCCGCCGCCAUGUCCCGAUACCUGCGCCCCCCCAACACGUCUCUGUUCGUUAGGAACGUGGCGGACGACACCAGGUCUGAAGAUUUACGUCGGGAAUUUGGUCGAUAUGGUCCAAUAGUAGAUGUUUAUGUUCCACUUGAUUUCUACACUCGUCGUCCAAGAGGAUUUGCAUAUGUUCAAUUUGAGGAUGUUCGUGAUGCUGAAGACGCUUUACAUAAUUUGGACAGAAAAUGGAUUUGUGGGCGUCAGAUUGAAAUCCAGUUCGCACAGGGGGAUCGGAAGACACCAAAUCAAAUGAAAGCCAAGGAAGGGAGGAAUGUAUACAGCUCUUCACGAUAUGACGAUUAUGACCGAUAUAGACGCUCUCGAAGCCGAAGUUAUUUAAGAAGAAUAAAGAGAAAACCAAACUGACAAACAUCCUUCUUUUAUUUAAGACCAAACUGCAGCUGGAAUACCCAGUACAGUUCUGCUUACUACACUUCAAGAAAGAUCUGAAAGCGGAAAAAAGAACCAAAGAAGGGCAGUUCAAGCGACCAAAGGGUGGGUGGAAGGUGCUGCAGUAUGAAUA